AUGGAAUCUAAGAUAAACGAAGUUACUGCUAAGAUUGUGGAACUGAAAGACUGUAUAAAACCAAAUGAAAAAGAAAUAAAUUUAUUACAUGAUAAAUGUGAUGAAUUUGAAAUUUUUAAAAGAAAAAAUUCGCUUCGCUUUAAUGGAAUUAAGGAAGAAGAAAAUGAAAACUUGUUGUCAAUUUUUACUAAUUUGGUAAACAAUACGAUGAAAGUUAAAUGUACAAUUUCAGAUAUAUCAGUACACCAAGAAGAACGAGUAAUACUAAUAGUUGAGAAAAACCAUGUUGAUAAUGAACAUCAUCCAUUUGAGAACGAUGGUGUCAAAAAUCCGAUCUUCAUUGCCACAAGCCAAGAGGAAAGUAUCGCAGAUGAAGUAACAAACAACAUCAUGGAAAAUAGGUCAUACAAUUUUCAGAGAAAAGAGGAGAGUAAUAUGGAAAAUGAACCUGAACCGUUAAGAGAUGCUGAUGAAAACAAGACCAAUUUUAUUCAAAUAAGCGAGAAGGAAAAUGAUAUCACAGAUAAAGAGACUAAGGACAUGACGCAAAAUGGGAUAGAUAAUGAUCAGCGAGAAGACGAGAAUGCCAUAGAAAGUGAAUCAGUUACAGAACAACGAAACUAUGUUUAUAGUGAACCUGAACCGUUUGGGGAUAAUAGUGAUGAUGAUCCUGACUUUAUUCUCACGAGCGAAGAAGAAAGUGACAGAGAUGAAGAGACAAACAACAUGGAAAAUGAGACUGAUAAUGAUCAGAGAGUAGAGGAGAAUUUUGAUAUAGAAACUGAGCCAGUUACAGAACAAGGAAAACCUAGAAAACGGAUAAGAAACGAAGUGGUUUGGGAGGUAACGAAAGGAUAG